AUGGCGGCAUCAAGGCUAGAUGCAAUUCUUUUCAUCGAGAGCUCCUCUCAUAUUGCCAGUCCGCCGCCUGCAGCACAAAAACUGCAACCACCACCUUCUCUUGAGCUCAAAGAUCUUAACCCAGCCCAGAAUUUGAAUCAAAUUGCUUGUGACCCAAUGACACAGCCAUCUGUGGACUCGCCUGCAGAUACACCCGCAGCAACGCCUGGCUUGCUGGAAAGCCGAAUGCCUACCCCUCUGACAGAGCUCGAGAACAUGGAAUGGGCUCCGGACAGAACGGUGACGCCUUGGAAGACUAAAUGGCGGCUUCUGAGUGCAUGUAUGAUGCUUUUUGGUAAUGGAAUGAAUGACAGUGCCCCUGGUGCAUUACUACCAUACAUGGAAGAGCACUAUGGCAUCAGCUACUCCAUCGUCUCGCUGAUUUUCGUGGGCAAUGCGUUGGGCUUUAUCUCUGCUGCGCCUAUUACUCAUUAUAUUGAACAAAAGUUAGGCCGAUCCAAGAGCUUGGCCCUCUCUAUGUUUAUCCUGGCUGUGUCAUAUACCGUGAUCGCUUGUCAGCCUCCAUUCCCCGUUAUUGUGGUUUGCUUCUUCCUACUCGGCUUAGGCGUAGCCCUCAACUUGGCACUCAAUAAUACAUACUCUGCCAACCUACCCAAUAGUACGACAGCACUGGCAUAUGUAUGUGGUGCAUACGGAAUCGGAGGUACCGUCGCGCCCCUGUUUGCGACCGCCAUGGUAUCCAGUGGUAUUCGCUGGUCCUUGUUCUAUACAAUACCAGUGGCCGUCUCCGUGAUCAAUUUUGCUUAUGCCUUAUGGGCCUUCUCUCAAUUCGAACAAGAUAGUCUAGUCGAAACACAAAGACGACUUCGACCUGCUGGCGAGGUCUCAGAUGUCGAAAUGUCCACAAGCCGCACACAGCUUCUUAAGAAAGUCAUUAAAAACCGCACAACACUCCUUGGUGCACUUUUCAUUUUCGCCUACCAAGGAGCGGAAGUAUCUAUCUCCGGCUGGAUAAAUUCUUUCCUGAUCAAUUAUCGACACGGCGACCCCUCCCAAGUUGGGUAUGUCAGUGCCGGCUUUUGGGCUGGUAUCACCGCUGGUCGAUUUUUAUUGGUUUACCCCGCUGCAAGGAUAGGAGAGAAGACCGCGGUGAUGGGCAUGACGGCAGGCGCAGUCAUCUUUCAGCUGAUGACCUGGUUCAUUCCAAACGUCAUCGGAGAAGCCGUCACCGUUGCUGUGCUUGGUGUAUUAUUAGGGGCAGUGUACCCGUGUGGCGCUUCUGUGUUCACCAAGCUGCUGCCGAAGAGCAUGCAUAUCUCCAGCUUCAGUUUCAUCAGUGCCUUGGGCAGUAGUGGCGGUGCGGUGUGGCCGUUUCUGACAGGUAUUCUCUCGCAACAUGUGGGGACAAUGGUGCUGCAUCUGAUAUGUCUUGGGUUGUAUGGCGCGAUGGCAGCUAGUUGGCUUCUACUGCCAAAGGUCUCGAAGAGAUCGGAGUAA